AUGGCUGCGAUGACAACUUCCAAGAAGCGCAAGCGUGAGUUAGACGACACUCAAAGGGUGUCCUUUGCGCUCUCAGAUCAGCCUGCAACGCAGCUGGGUCCCGUUCUUGCUAAUUUCCCCUCCGUCAAGCCCACAAAAUCCACUUCUUUCAAAUGCUACAAGACACAAACACAAAAGCCGACGACGGACAAUGAGGAAAUGCCGUUCGUUGAGAUCCCGAUGCUGAUUGCGGGCGAGACGGAAGCCGUAGAUUUUUACUCCUCUGAAGAAACACGACGGGGUUCACUGGGCAGCAGAUACCUUGUCGGAGUGCAUAAUAAACGCACUGGCAUUACAACCCUUCGAGCUGCUCCGUUGCAUAUACUCACACAUGAAGUUAAAGCCCUCAAGGGUCUCCAACCUGCUGCUGUCUCUACUCUUCAGCGGCUUGAGGCCCGCGCGGCACUUGGCGAAACGUUCGGAACCAAGAAGGCGAAACUAGCGAUCCGCGCGCAAGAGCGCAACAAGGUCGACGUUUCCGCAAUGGAAGGUGUUGCAGAUCACCUCCAAGAGAGUAUUCUAAAGAACACAUCUACACUACCAUCGAAAGAGGAAGCAAAAGCGAAUGCGGACAGUACUCGUUUAGUCCCGCAGUACGACAUUGAUGCUCUCAAUCCAAACGACAUAUAUCCCUUGCACAACAUGAUUCCAAAGCCUGAAUGGAAGGCACUGUCCAUUUCUAAUUACAUGAGUGCAGACGGUGAUGCCAAGCGGGUCGCUCUUCUCCCCUUCAAGCGUUCCCACUGGGUCAAUGAUCAUUUAGCGCUUGCGUUUGCUUCUCCCUCACCAGACAAGACCACUAUAAAAAUGCUUAUAUACAUCUCAACAAUGAUUGCCUUCCACAAGGCCACCUUUAAAAAUAUCAACAAGGACGUCAUUCAAGAGAAAUUGCCGAUGGUUCCUAGCGUCGUGAUUGACGGACUUUUAUCACGGUUCUCAGAGACUGCACGUGGAUCCGUGGACGUUCUCGCCGCUGAUUUGAGCAUGGAACCGGCGAAAGUCAAUAUGUUGUUCAAGUCCCUAGGCUGCAAAAUCAACAAGCUAACACAGUCCGACUUGAAGCGUUUGGGUCUACCUGAUUCUGCAGUAGAUGUCAAAAGGGCCAUUCUAAAGACACCUCUAGAGUUCCCAAAGCCCCGGAUAAGACGGCGGACGUGAGAUCAGAGUGCCUUUACGCAAGUGCAUCCCACUGGAGUGUCUGAUCUUUACUUUCUUCCACGGAAUCGAGGAGAUAUUCACUAGGCCCUGGGAGGUGUCGGAGUAGUAGGGUCUCAGUAAUGAAGACUAGUGCCUAGUUAAGUCUAUCUCGCGUCGUCUAGCAUUUUAACAUGUUUCAUUGUUUGCUCCCGUUC